CAUGCAAAAAAUAAAUAAAUAAAGAAGCGUCGACGCAAUUUUGACGUCGAAUCAUCGAAGUCAUAUCGACGUCACUAGGGACUUUAAGCAACAGCUGCGAAUGGAACGGCUACGGCAUUCUGGCGUUGCAUUGCGCAUGCGCGAAUUUAAAUGCUCCUUCCUGACGUUCUACUGUAACCGUCUACUACGGGAGAACAGCUGAUUUGCCGUAGUCGCUACAACGUGAGAGAUUAGAUAUGUCUGCUGUUAGCAACAAAACCUCAGGUAGCACUGAGAUCAACGUUAGAGAUGAUGUGAAGCGAACAAUAGCCCCUAUGGAGUGGACAGAGCAACAUGAUGUCCUUCUCUGUAGAGAAAUCCUGCUCACAGAACCAUUCAGGUACAAGAAGGGCAGUGUUGAUAAGGGCAAGGCCUGGUCAGCAAUUGCAGACACACUGAAUAGCUCACAAGAUCUCAAAUUUAGAGUUAUGCAGAGGUCAGUGAGGGAGAGAUUCAGCUUGAUUCAGGCGAAAUACAAGGCCAGAAACAACAAAGAUGAGAAGAGCAGCGGCACAUCGGCAGAAAUAACAGAGCUUGAUGAACUGAUUGAAGAAAUAACAGAGAAAGAAAAAGCAGCUGAGGAAAACAAAGCGAGUGAUGAGAGUAUGAGGAAGUUAGAGACCGACAGGGCCAAAGCAGAAGAGGCAAGGAAGAGGGCCAUGGAGAGGGUUAGCCAGACCAACAGGAGACUUAGUGAAGAGGGAGAGGACUUGACAAACAACAAACGUAGGAGAAGGAGUGGGAAUGACACCAUUGAUUUUUUGAGGGAGAGAAGCCAGACUGAGAGGGUUCUAAAGGAAAAGGAAUUGGAAUUGAAAAAAAUAAAAGUUGAAGGGCAAGCAAAGGCAGCACAAGAAGCACAAAAGCAGAUGAGCGACAUGAUGCAACUAAUGCAGCAGCAGCAACAGCAAAUGCAGGCAAUGCAAACUAUGCUACUUCAGCAACAACAACAGCAAGGGCAAGCAUUACUUAGCCUAAUUGAACAUUUGGCAAAGAAAUGAUUAUUUUAUCAUUUUAUUGCAAUUCAUAAAACAU